UAAGAAAAUGCUUAUUCAAAAUAACUUGAUUUUAUAGCCCUUCUCUGAGUUUUUUCUCACGGUGCAGCUUGUUUUGCUCUCAUGGAGCUACCUCAGGGCAGUCCUUCAGGAUCCUGGCUCCGUUCCAGACAAUUGGAAAGUAUCGCCCGAGCUGAAUGUAGAGGAGGGUAUUUUGGUGACAUUGCCUGAUAAUGACGGACCCGAGAAUUCGGGAACGGGGGAAAGAAGACAGGAGGUGGGUUUUUGCAGGCAUUGUCAAAACGGCAAGCCGCCUCGCUGCCAUCACUGCUCUGUUUGCCAAAGAUGUGUUCUCAAGAUGGAUCACCAUUGCUUAUGGGUUGUAAAUUGUGUUGGGGCUCGGAAUUACAAGUUUUUUCUUCUCUUUGUGAUUUACACCUUUUUGGAGACAACCUUGGAUACUUUGGUGCUGCUGCCGUAUUUUAUAGAGCUGUUCAAAGAAUCCAAACACCGUUCUCUCUCACCAACCAACGUUGCUAUCGUCUUUCUAGCGUGUGUUUUGAAUCUGGCAUUUGCACUCAGCCUUCUUUGUUUCGUUGUUAUGCAUGCAUCUCUUGUCUCUAGCAACACCACGUCAGUGGAGGUUUACGAGAAGAAAAGGAGUGUGAGAUGGAGGUACGACCUCGGAUGGAGAAACAACUUUGAGCAGGUUUUCGGGAGUACCAAAGCAUUGUGGUUUUUCCCUAUGUUCUCAAAGAAAGACUUUGAGGGCAUCCCGGCAUUGCAUGGCUUGGAGUUCCCCGCGCGUUCAGAUGUCGGAGAGUAGCGUAUGCAUAAGAAGCUCAAUUGGUCCUCUGUUUGGGAACAACGCUUACGAUCAUCAUUAACCUUUUUGUUAAUCCUUUAAUGAUGCAGAUUAACUAACUUCGAAAACUAUUAAGGCUCAACGCUACCGUUACACAAUCUUUUUGAAAAUGGUGAACCAAACGGUGAAGUUGAUGCCAAAGAGACGCCUUAGCUUAUUAAGAUCCAUUGAAAUAUGUUCUCCACUUGACAUGGAGAUAAAGAUGUCUCUUGGUCCCAUUUGUAACUUUGAUUUUCAAUGUAAUCUAUCAUGUACUAUAUACUAUGUGCAAGUUUGAGUGUAUAUUCUGUACAACUGUGUGUAUUUGAUAUUUGAGUGAAUUCCUAAAAUUGGAGUUUUCACAUAUAGUUCCAAAAUAAAUUUCAUGUUUUUCG